AUGUAUCAGUCUAGUUUACAAUUGAUUGAGAAAAUUAAAAUGUCUAAAACCUUCUAUUCAUCUCCUCUAUCAUCUUUAAAACCUUUUUACUCUUCAACUCAGACUAGAAUUGAUGAUCAUAAUGAAGUUGUUGAUAUUGAAAAAGUGGAAGAGAUUAUAAAGGCUACACAUGAAAGUAACAAUGAUGAUGAUGAUUUAUUCUUGUGUAAACCUGAUGAAGAAGAACUUCAAUUAUUUAAAACUUUUAAUGAAUAUGACAUCAGUGAAAUUGAUAUUGAAGGUAACUACAAAAAUAAACAGCCAACAGAUAGUGGAUUAUUACAGAUUAUCUACUGUAGUCGAACACAUUCACAACUUAAUCAAAUUGCUAAAGAAUUUAAUAAAUGUAAAACAUUAUCUAAUAAAGUUACAAUGAUUCAAUUAUCAUCAAGGCAUUUAUUAUGUAUAAAUCAACAAAUUUAUCAAUUGAAACAUUCAGAUUUAAUUAAUAUUGGUUGCCUUGAAUUGAAUCGUGAUCAAGGUCAAAGUAAAAAGUUUAAAUGUCCAAUGCGUAAUAUAUCAAUUGUCAAUAAUUUAACUAAUCAUUUAUUAAUUGGUAAUUCAGCUUUAGAUAUAACUAAUAUGAUACGAGAUAAACACAUGAAUAAUACUGAUAAUACAAUGAAGAAGGCUAAGUUGAAUGAAUCCAAUAUAAGUGAAACAGAAGAUAAUAUUGCCUUACUUUCACAUAUCGGUUGUCCAUAUUAUGCUAAUCGUAAAGGUAUACCAUUAGCUCAAUUAAUUUUAAUACCAUAUUCAUUAUUAUUACAGCCAAUAAGUCGUUUAACAUCUGGUUUAAAAUUGAAAAAUUCAAUUAUUAUUAUUGAUGAAGCACAUAAUCUCUUAGAAGCAAUGGCAUCUUCAAUGUCAGUUAAUUUAUUGUUAAUGAAUGAUUUAAACAAAUUAGAAGAAUUGUUCAAUAAUUAUUUAACAUAUUAUCGUUCACGUCUUUCAACACGCUUAGCUUUAAGAUUACGUCAGAUGAAGUAUUUUAUACAAAAAUUAAAAGUGUACUUAGAUAAAAUACUUGAAAAUAUUCAAUUAUCAAUAUCUUCUAGAGUAUUUACGUCUACAUCUUCUAAUAUUCUUAUUAAAACAGUGAAUAAAUUAUUCUCUGAAACAAAUUUAGAUAAUGUAAAUAUCAGUGAAUUAAUUGAAUGCUUAGAAUAUCAACAUUUCAUUAUGAAGUUAAUCGGUUUUUCGAAAUGGAUGAAAUUGAAUUCAAGUGAAACUAUUUCAACUUUAAAAUCUACUCAGUUAUCAUCAUCAUCAUCAUCAUCACAAUUGUCUAGUCUAUUAGCUAGUAUGAAACGAAAAUGUGCUGAGAAUAAAAACGAAAUAGAUGAUGUAAAUCAGGUUCGUGUUUCAAAUAAACGCUAUAAAUUAGAAAAUGAAAAAUCUGAAGGAAUUGGUUCUAGUUUAUUUAAAUUUCAUAGUUUUCUUCAAGCUUUAGCAUCUUGCGAAGAAGAUGCACGUAUAGUUAUUGAGCCAGUUAAAAACUCGACGAAAUUGGAUAAUUCAUCAGCUGCUCAGUCUACUUUAUUAUCUUCACCAGAAAAGGAUAUUCAGGAUUUAUGCUUACGCGUAAUAUUUUUAAAUCCUGGUAGAUAUUUAAAAGAAUUGGUACAAGAAGCCAAAUCUGUGCUACUAGUUGGCGGUACAAUGCAACCAUUUGAUGAAGCCAUUGAACAAAUUUUUAUUCCUGCCGGAAAACUAUCCAAUCAAAUUGUUACAUUUACAUGUGAUCAUGUUAUUGAUGCUAAAACACAAUUAUGCGUUUAUCCAUUAGGUGAGAGCUGUCAAAGCUAUGGUAAUGUAUUACCAUUAGAUUUCACGUAUCAGAAACGUUCAGAUCCAAUUAUGAUAGAUGCAUGCGGUGAAAUUGUUUUACAAAUAUGCCAACAGUUACCUGCUGGUAUUGUGAUAUUUACUCCCUCCUAUGAGUACCAAUCAACUCUAUAUCAUCGAUGGGAAGCUACAGGCUUAUUGAAUAAGCUGUCAAAGUAUAAAAGUCUCUUUCGUGAACCAAAAACAACUGGAAGCUUAGAUCAGAUAAUGCAAGCCUAUGGAAUAGCUGCUACACAAAAGCUUCAACAAAGACAAGGUGCUUUGUUGUUAUGUGUUAUUGGUGGGAAAUUAAGUGAAGGAAUAAACUUCACUGAUGAUUUAGCACGAGUAGUGAUCAUAAUUGGUAUGCCGUAUGCCAACCCACAGUCACCAUUGUUACGCGAAAAAAUGGCCUAUUUAGAUCGUCAUUUCACCAACACAAUAUCUACUAGUAGUUUUACUACAGAUCAUCAUUGUCAUCAUCACACCAUUCUAAAUCCUGGUCGACGGUAUUAUGAGUCAAUGUGUAUGCGUUCUAUAAAUCAAGCUAUAGGUCGAUCUAUUCGACAUGCUAAAGAUUAUGCUGUUGUCUUUCUAUUAGAUAGUAGGUAUUAUCGUGCAUCUAUUCAAUCACAACUGCCUAAAUGGGUUCAACAAAGUAUUAUCCAACGAUUAAAUAUAACCUCCACAUCGUCUUCAUCAUUAUCUAAUCAAGGGAAAUUUUUAAAUUUAUCAGAAGCUUUAGAUAAUGCUAAACAAUUUUUUUCAUUUAACAAAGAUCGUUUCAAGUAG